AUUCCAUCCUCCCUCCCGCUCCGACCAUCAUCCGUCCGUCGCUCUCCUCUUCCUAAAUCCCGUCCAACCGAUUCUCCACUGCUUUCAACUCCUUCGCUUUGCUGUCCUGUCUCUUGAAAUUUCGGCCUGAGAUCUUCUAUCUUUUCCGCCUGGUCGUCUACCGUAUCAGACACCACUACCUCUCGUGUCGGUCUUUGCCACCUGCCGCUGUGCCUAGUUCUUGGCCAUUCUCCCGAUAGCUCUCCGAUCAUCGCCCAUACCCCGCCGCCAUGUCGACCUCUGCCCGCCGUCGCCUCAUGCGCGAUUUCAAGCGUAUGCAAACCGAUCCUCCUGCUGGAGUUUCUGCUUCUCCCGUGGCAGACAAUGUUAUGACCUGGAAUGCGGUCAUCAUCGGCCCCGCCGAUACACCCUUUGAGGACGGCACAUUUCGACUCGUGAUGCACUUCGAAGAACAGUAUCCCAAUAAGCCCCCGGGUGUCAAGUUUAUCAGCCAAAUGUUUCAUCCGAAUGUUUACGGCACGGGCGAGCUCUGCCUGGACAUCCUGCAGAACCGUUGGAGCCCAACCUAUGAUGUGGCAGCGAUCCUCACCAGCAUUCAAAGCUUACUCAACGAUCCGAACACCUCAUCGCCCGCCAAUGUGGAAGCGUCGAACCUCUACAAGGACAACCGCAAGGAAUACAUAAAGCGGGUGCGCGAGACGGUCGAGAAGAGCUGGGAAGAUUAGAGUUGUGGUGCGGUGGCAAACUAUGAUAUACUAUUAUACGCGGGUUUUGGUUCCUUGGGUCUAUGGCGAUGCCAACGCCGUCUUGCCGCAUGUUUCACCUAGGCGUGAUGCCCUGGCAUGGCCAUGCCGUUGUGCGAAUGCAAGGGCCGUGAACCUGAGGGACUUGCACCCCGUUGAUGACGUGCACAGCGUGGGGUUUUGGCGCCUGGUUACAUUUUGAUCUUUUGUUAUCGCGAUUUCCCAUUGGUAUCCGUGAAUAGCUGCAUCAGUUUCAUUUUGUGUUGUUUCGCAUAAUGCAUUUUGAGUUUUGUUUUCCUCCGUGUGCUUUUCCGCUACUGCAUGUCAGAUAAUCGGUUCGGCAACUCGGCUUGCUUCGGGUUUCCUUUUUAUUUGAUUUGCUUAUCCCAGAC